GAUCGCAGAGGGGGGGUCCGAUCGCCGGUCGUCCACACUUUUCUGCCAAAAAAAAAGAAAGAAAGAAAAGUUGUGCAAAAUCUAUUUACCGGUGCACGGAGACGGUUACCAUGCGAUCCGCAGAGACUUUACGCACUCUUUCAUUUCGGUCGGAAUUGACCGAGCGAUAGAGGGAGUUUCAGGUAGUUUCUCUCUUUUUUUUCCACCUUUCUGUUUUUUUUGGACCGUGCUGGACGGGAGCUGUCUCCGGACGGAACAAAGUGAAUCUCUCCGGAGGCGCCGUGGUUCUAGAGGAUCUAUUCUCCUCCAUUCUGCCACCUACAUUACACUACAUGUAGCCGAGCGUUCGUGCCGUUCAGUCAACAGCUACACGCAACACCAACAUGAGAGCUCAGAUCGAGGUCAUUCCCUGUAAGAUCUGUGGAGAUAAGUCCUCAGGAAUCCACUAUGGAGUCAUCACCUGCGAAGGCUGCAAGGGUUUCUUCCGGCGCAGCCAGCAGAACAACGCCAUGUACUCGUGUUCCCGCCAGAGGAACUGCCUGAUCGACCGAACUAACCGCAACCGCUGCCAGCACUGCCGCCUACAGAAAUGUCUGGCUUUGGGCAUGAGCAGAGACGGUAACCACACGCAAACGCAAUGUACGGUCAAAUUCGGCCGCAUGUCCAAGAAGCAGCGCGACAGCCUCUACGCUGAAGUGCAAAAGCACCAAAAGUCCCAGGAGUGUGCGGGCUCCGCUGGCGGGGGCGCUACUGCUCUGUCCGUGCCCAAGGAGGAGGGCGUCUGUGGUGGUGGAGGUGGAGGUGGUGGUGGUGGUGGAGGGGAGGACAGCAAGGAGGCUCUGAGUCGGUCCUACAGCAGCGGGGGCUCCAGCUCCACCCUCAGCGACCUAGAGGACAUCGCAGCGCUGCCGGACCUGUUUGACCUGCCGCUGACCCCCGAGGGGUCCGGCGAGUACUGCGGCCUGGAGCUGCUGGGCGGCGGAGCCAGCGCGGGGAACACCUCCAACUCAUCUUCCGCCUCUUCCUCCUCGUCCUCCUCGUCCAAUCAGAAUUCCCCGCAGCCGACAAUGCCGGACGGAGCGGACGCCGCCGGGAUCCACCUCCUGUGCGCACACUCUCUCACGCACCCUCUGCUGAAGCGCACGCAUGCGCUGCUGGAUCAUCUGCCCGAGGACUGCUCCAUAACAGAACUUGAGCGCAUCACUCAGAGUAUUCUCAAGUCUCACUUGGAGACAUGUCAGUACAGCGCUGAAGACAUGAAGAGAUUCACCUGGGCACAAUACACACCUGAGGAAACGCGUGCUUUUCAAAGCAAGUCAGCUGAGUGGAUGUGGCAGCAGUGUGCACACCACAUCACCAACGCCAUUCAGUACGUGGUGGAGUUUGCCAAGCGUAUCGCUGGCUUCAUGGACUUGUGCCAGAAUGACCAGAUUAUAUUGCUGAAAGCAGGCUGUCUGGAGGUCCUGCUGAUCCGCAUGUGCCGAGCUUUCAACGUCAACAACAGCAGCAUUUUCUUCAAUGGAAAGUUCGCCCUCGCUCAGUUCUUCAAAGCACUUGGUUGUGAUGACCUGGUCAGCGCGGUGUUUGACCUGGGAAAAGGACUCUGCCGUCUCCAGCUGUCUGAUGAGGAGAUGGCUCUGUUUAGCGCUGCCGUUCUAUUAUCUCCAGAUCGGCACUGGCUAACAGAAGGCCAAAAAAUAAAAAAACUCCAGGAGAAGGUGUACCUGGCUCUGCAGCACAGUCUACACAAGAGUGGAGCUUCAGAAGAGAAAAUGGACAAGAUUGUGUCCAAGCUGCCCAUGAUGAAGUCUAUCUGCAACCUCCACGUGGAUAAACUAGAGUUUUUCCGUUUGGUCCACCCAGAGACCGCCUACAGCUUCCCACCACUGUACCGGGAAGUGUUCGGCAGUGAGAUGUCUCUGCCGGACUCCACCAACGGCUAGAAAGGCCGAUAGACAAACAGAGACGGAUGGAGAGUGUAUUGAAAAGUAGGGAAGCAAGAAGGACGCACAGAGAAGGAUAGAGAUGUUGAAGCUCAUCAACCAGCAGUUAAGAGACAAUCCAGGAUUUCUAAUACUCCGUCUCCCGUGAUCCCAAAGAAGUCCUCCACCCUCCCAGCAGGCAAAGCACCUUACACUACAGACCACACAGGCUCACGGCCCUCUGCACACUGUAGCAUAAACAACACGCGGAUGGGUAUAGAAGUAAAAACAGCCCACUAGAACACACUCGUUUAACAUCAGAUCCACUGUGGAGCAGAAACUAGUUAUGAAUGUACCUCAUCGAAACGCACCAGUGCAUCAGCCAGAAGCCAACAACAGUGAAUGUACAAACCUGACACCAUUUACAGAGUUUUACACUAAGUAUUAGAAUGAAGUUGUGUAGAUUCACAGGUCCCACUAUUAAUUCACCUUUGUCAAUACUUCUUUCUACAUUAAUACAUCUCCGUAGGGUACGCCUGCGUAUUCGUACAGACAAUAUCCGCCGUACCGACAAUCGCUUAGGGACCAAGAUCUGGAGUCAUUUUCUCUGAUAGGGAACACACAUGACUCUGGGCUUGGGCCGAGCUCUUUAAUCAGCUGAGAACGCGCUUAGCAGUUAGACAGUGUUCGGUGCUGCCUUUUUGUACAGGCUCUUGUAAUGCAAUGAGAAACCUCAGUCCCAUGCACCCCUUUCCUUGUAAAUGCCACUUAGAGACAGGAUAAGAUGAAAUUAUCUUUAAUUUAUAUACACAUUUAUACACAUAUUUUAAAUAAGAUGUAAAUAGAUGACUAUAUGAGUAUAUGGAGAGAGUUGGAAUGUGUGAGUUCACAGAGAGAGGGAGAGAAAAGUACGUUGUAAGACGUGGAACAAAGAUGGAUGAUAUUCGGACUCAAAAUCUGGACUACAUCUCCUCCUGGCAGUUUUCUCAGGUUCCCAUUGAAACAAUCCCCUCUUGCACUGAAGGCAAAACCCAGCGGGGUUAUGGGAGGUCAUCGCGCAAGUGACGGGAUUGACGCUUGUUUCAGAAGCGGCACAGCAGGGGGUGCUGUGUACCUUUUACAAGGACAAAAACGUUUAAAUGAGUUUUUAGGCUGCGCUAUUGCGUCCUAACUAAAGAGACGAGAGACACAUGGAAACUAAGAGAAAGGACAAGGCAAAAAAUGACUUCCUGAACUUCAUAAUAAAACGGGAUGCACAGGGUAUCCCCCACCUUUUUCUAACCAGCAGUCAGUACAAUAAGGUGUAGUGUAAUUGUCUUUCACUCAUAGUUUCAGUUGGAUAAUGGCCAGAACAUGGAAGAUAUAUAUAAUAUGUAUCAUGAACCCUCCUUGCUGGUCGAAAAGAAUUGUAUUAUUUUGUACAUUUGCUGUUCCUCUCUCAUUUUAGUCCAUAUCCCAAACACUUGUCCAAACACCAAGCACUUCAUCCUCACUGGACACUAAUCUACGGGCAGAGAGAGCUACUCCCCCCCUGAGUAAGACUUUAGGGUCAAUCUGUUUUAUUAUUUUAGUUUUUUAUUCCAUAUCCGAUACACAAGGUCACCUAUAACUGUUUACAUUGUUUAUGUACAUAACACACUAUCUGAAGGUUGUUACAUUGAGAUGAGGAUGAUGUCUUACCCCGGCGUGCUGUGAAGUUUCUUGAGCAGAUUCUGAGGACCUUCUGCCUACCGCUCAGGGAGCUGGCUGUGGUCUCGUGUCCCUUUUUUAUUACCAGUGUCGUCCUUUAGCAUCGUGCUUCUCACACAUUUGCACCUAAAAUAAAAACCCAUUACCCAAAUUAAUGUGGACGUAAUUUCUAUUUUUGUGAAUGUCACCCAAAAAGUAUCGAAGCCCAUCCCAUUUGUCCUGAUAUUGUGAAAUCAAAUUGACAACAUAGGAAUUGAAAAAAAAAAAUCUUUUAGCACUACGGAAGAAUUCAUUAUAAGGGUUUAAUGUUUCUUUUUGCUGUGAUUUUCUUUUAUUUGUCAGUCUUUUAUCCACUGUUUUCUUGUGUCUCCACUCUUGUCUUGUAAAGUCAGUGAUCUAUUUUUUAAUUGAAGACCGACUACAGUACAAACAAAAAAUAAUACUUUGUCUCCCUUCUCUUUUCCUAUAUGACACAAUGUACAAGAGGUAUAUUACUCGUCCAAGAGUAACUAAAUCACAUGGCUCUAUAUAUAUUGUUGUCCAAUGGGAUACAUUAUAUGUGGUUUUAAGAAUGUAAUAAAUGGUUUCCUUUUCUUUUGAA